AUGAAAGUAAUGAUAGACGCCGGAGCAACAAAUACAAUUAUCACAGAAAAUGCAUUAAGAAAAACAAAACACCAAAAGUUCGACAGUACAACAAACCCGAUAUUAGCCAUGGCAGACGGAACAUCCAAUUCAAAGGUUCUUGGCAUGGGACAUCAAGCUGAAAUCUCGAUUCACAAUCCAACAAGUUAUCCAUGCUUUUUGAAGAAAGGUAUAAUUCUUGAUUAUAGUCAUUUAUUUGAUACAUCCAAAAUCACAGUUUCAAAAACGGAAGUAUCUCAUGUCAUUAACACAAAACCACAUUCUCCACCAUGUUCGAAAUGUUAUCCAAUGAGUAAACAGAAAGAAGAUGCCUUGUAUGAUAUUCUUAUGGAAUUAAUGAAUGCUGGUUUUAUUUCAAAAGCUAAAUCACCGUAUGCGGCUCCUGCAUUAUUAACACCGAAGUCAGAUGGCAGUUUAACGAAUUCACCACCAACUUUUCAACGCGUUAUGUCAACAGUAUUGCAAUCAUGCCGUCAAUUUUGUCCAGUUUAUUUGGACGAUAUUAUUAUAUUCUCAAGUACAGUGGAAGAACAUUUAGAUCAUUUACAGAAAGUUUUAGAAUGUUUAAAUCGCAACAAUUUGAAACUGGAUCCACUAAAAUGUUCAAUAGUACAAUCAAAAAUUAAUUAUCUUGAUCACACAAUUACAGCAUCAGUGAUUAUCCCGUGGAACGAUAAGAUUAAUGCUAUAUUGAAAUUAAAAGAGCCACGAACAUUAAAACAAGCAAAUCACUUUAUUGGUGCCUUGUCUUGGUAUCGUAAAUUUAUCCCGAGAUUUGCUGAAGUUGCCGCUUCAAUUCAUGCAAUUACAAAUCUGACUAAGAAGAAUCAUCACAAAUUUAAAUGGAAUCAGAAACAGUCUCAGGCAUUUUAUGAAUUAAAGAAAAUGUUAACAACGGCUCGACUAUUAUUACAAUUUCCUGAUGACUCCAAACCCUUAAUUUUAGCGACCGAUGCUUCCAACCUAGGUGUCGGUGGAGUGUUACACCAGGAAAUUAAUGGCGAAAGGAAAAAUAUUUAUUAUCAUUCACAACUGAUUUCCGAGUCUGAAAAGAAUUACUACACAAUCGAAGAUCAAGCGAUGUUUCAAGAGGAUGAGAUCGUAUAUUCUUGGAAAAAACAUAAUCAUAUAUACUGAUCAUUGUCCUUUUGUGCAAUAUGAUGCAGCUCAAAGAACGUAUGGUAAGAUGAAGUUUAAAUACUAGUGGCCAGACAUGCAAAGAACAAUCGAAGAUUAUGUUAAUUCAUGUUUGGUAUGUAAACAACACAAUCACAAUCGAUAAAAACUACAUGGGCAUCUACAUCCAAUUCCACCUCCUUCCGGACCCUUCCAAGUCGUUGAAAUAGACUAUUGUGGUCCGUUUAUGACAACGCCGAAUGAAAAUAAGUAUGUAUUAUGUAUUACGGAUCACUUUACAAGAUGAGUUACGGCUGUAGCCCUUCCGGAUAGUAGUACACAAAAAACUGCACAAGCGACUUUUAAUGAAUAUAUACGUAAAUAUGGAGUACCGACAACGAUAGUAUCAGAUUGUGG